CAUCAGGUUAAAAAAUCACUGAAACGAUUCUUCACUAAAUCAAGUUAAACGUUUUGCGCGCUUUGUACAUUUUAAUCUAGAGAAUCAAAUUUAUAUCAAGCACAUUUUUAUCAAAAGAGUAAUUUAAAGCUAGAAAGUUUCUCUUGGCAACUUUAAAUUAGCUUGAAUACCAACAGUUGUUCAAACAUUUGAUAUUAGCUGCUUUUAUUAUAAUUGGUUCACGUUAUUAUUUUUCGCACGUUAUAUAAAAAUUGCACGUUAUAUUACCUGAUUCAGAAAGUUAGUUUUUUGCGUGCUUAUAAAAAUGUCGGCCCGGAAAGAACCGGAAAAGAAGAAAGAUGAAAACGAGGCAUCCAAGAACAAAAAAGACUCCGAGAAUUCUGAAAAAACCGAGAAGCAAAAACCGACAAAACGCGAAUACAAAUAUAAUUAUCGCAGACAGUACGUACCACCGGGUCGAACGGAGGAAGACCAAAAUAACCGAGAGCGGGGAUUCGUUUUAGACUGCAUCGCGCUUUCCCAGAUAUCAAACGACUAUUCAAAAGCUAACCCUAAACUGGGUCCCGCUAUUCCGCCUUACAACUCGCAAAAAGACCCGUCAGUGCGACGAUAUUUCCAGUACCACGACAUCGAGAAGGUUUUACUCGGAAGUCAUCAGAGAAUCGAAGGCAACGUGGAGUACCUCGGAGAGUCGAUUGCGGGUAAAAGCGUGGACAAUUUCCACGAGAAGGGUCUCGGCUUCCGGUACCUGUCACUGAGGAACAAAAACGGGAUGGGUCACUCCACCGACUCAUACACUGGUCACUCGGCCUUCAUGUCAGAUGUCAAGGACGUUCCAGGCUUCAACGGACAGUUUGGUUUCAGAAGAAACACACCCUGGCUGCGCCAAUAUCCUUCUGUAUUCGGAAUGACAAUGCCAGGAAGCUCCCAUUUUUAGACACUCGCUGCUGACGGCUUAAGAGUUUGGUUUAUUUGAUACUAACUAUAAUUUCAAUUUUUAGAGAAGAAUGACCAGUGAAUUUCUCCAGUGCUUAUUGGUUGUGAUCAUAAUCAAUCAAUGCAGAAUUUGAGCUUAAAAAUGAAAUUAUUGUAUAAAGUUUUUGUGCUUUAAACUCUUUUAAUAAAUAUUUGACUUCA